AUGCGAACGAUUUGUGAUGUGUGUGAGAGCGCAGCCGCGAUUCUUUUUUGUGCUGCUGAUGAAGCUGCUCUUUGCCGUUCCUGCGACGAGAAGGUUCAUUUGUGUAACAAGCUAGCUAGUCGGCAUGUACGAGUAGGACUUGCAGAUCCUAGUGAUGUUCAACAGUGUGACAUAUGUGAAAAUGCACCUGCUUUCUUUUACUGUGAGAUAGAUGGCACUUCGCUCUGCUUGCAAUGCGAUAUGAUAGUGCAUGUUGGUGGUAAAAGAACCCAUGGGAGAUAUCUCCUGUUGAGGCAGAGAGUUGAGUUUCCAGGGGAUAAACCUGGCCGUAUGGAGGAGCAAGGACAACAUUCGCUUGAUCAUAAUGAAACAAGGAGGGACCAAAAUCAGCCACUUAAACUCACAGCCCGAGAAAGUCAACAAAACCACAGGGCCUCUGCGGUCCCAAUGGUAGAGAAUAACACUGAUGGUGAUGGAAAAAUGGACAACAAUUUGAUAGAUCUUAAUGCCAGGCCUCAGCGGAUACACGGGCAAAAUUCAACUAACCAGGAAAAUCAUGAAUCUUCUAAUGCGGUUCCAAUUGGAUCCUUCAAAAGAGAGCCAGGGAAAUAA